CGUCGCUAUAGCAACAGACCUAGUGAGGGUUGCCUGGAUACCCUCCCUAGACUCGAUGCGAACGAACUGCUAAAGUAAAUUGUUCGUUUCAUCUCAUGGAUAAUUUUAAAGUGUGUAGGGACUCGGUAACGAUAUUUCGCGCGAGAAAGUAUUCAGACGUCUACCGAUACCUUGUAUUCGGGGGCCGUUAUGUGGGCCUCUUUUGGAAAAAUAAAAUGAUAGCUUGGACAAUCAGAAUUAUUCACCUGGUCUUGCAGAUUGGCCUUAUCGCUACUUCCGGAUUCCACUAUUUUCAGAUUGAGGCCCCAGAGGGUCUGGACCUAAAGUCCAAGAAUAACCCGUUGCAUGCAGAAAAGUUCUUCAUGAUGCAGAUAGCACUUCGAGUGUCUUUCGCCCUCAUUACGUACGUCACGGGCAUCGUUAAGGAGCGGAGACUUGAAGAACUACGUCAGAUUUUAACGUGUCUGUACGUGGACGAUAAACUACUUCGUAUCAAUCGCUUGUUGGUAAUGUUCGUUAUAGUGUUUCUUGCAUCGUCGCUAUCGAUAGAUAUCUAUCUUCUCUGUGACCGCGGCGACGUCUUGCCCCUUCUCGGAUCCGUUCAUAACUUUCCGAUUCGGAUGACAAGCAAGUUGAUCUACAUCGCGUCAACAUCGGCAGUACUUUGUAUUCUACCAACGUUCUUCGUAGCAUCUUGCGUCUGUGUUCGGCGUGCGAUCGGCGCCAUCAAUGACGAUGUCACUCGAGCUCUCUACGCGCAGGUGGACGAAAAGCGUAAAGAUGAGCUAUUUUUGCGACUUCGUGUUCGUUAUGUUCAAUUGCUGGACACACUUGACGAGCUAUCUGAUGUCUUUGGCCUUCAACUUUUUGCCUGGUUAUCGCUGAUGUUCUUCCACACUUGUGUCAAGGUCUUCCUUUACGCUAAAUACAAGGACAAUGUUCAUUCAAAUCAAACGGAUCACAUUGAAUACAUAAUCGUUUCGUCGGUGUUCGAUAUACUGCUCUUUUCAAUGUUCUGUUACGCCGGUCAUGGAGUGUUCAAAGAGCGCGACAAUACCCAGACAUUGACCAGACGCUCCGAGUUGACGCCGUGCACACAACUUUUGCUCUUUCAGAUGGACCUGCUAAACUCGGAUGUAGAUUUUGGGGUACGAACGGCAUCUGGUCACAACAUGAAUUUGCAGUUAGCUUUUACGUUAGUCGGAACGGUCACUACAUUUGCUAUCGUUAUAAUCCAAAUUUACAUGUCUUCUUCUUCCGUGCCGUUUGCAAACAACAUGACCUUGACCACGAUAGCCAACGCGGUCGGGAUUUCCUCGCCCCCAGCUACUUCAUAAUUUACAAUGGCGUCUUUGUAUCAAUAAGAUCAUUUUUAUACAUACGGUCUGGACUUCUGGAGUCGAAGCUGGUCUGACACGGUCUCGAGUUCGUCGUCGUGGAAGUAGAGUGUUGUUCAGAUGGGGGGCCGAAUGUCGCAGAAAAUCUGUAGACAUGUAUAUCUGAGCUUGGCAACAAUCAUUUCCCUCAAACAUAGCCAGCUGAAAUCAUCCUAACAUACAUAAUAGAUGAUUGGCAAGGACUGAGUCGGUCACUCCGAAAUGGGCAAACAUAUUUAGGGGGGCAAGUGGAAUCAUUAAUUCGUCUGCAAAUCAGUAAACGAAAUAAAUAAUACUAGCAACUGCAAAAGUAUAGAUAGCUGCUUUCUGUAAAACGAGAACGACUACGGAUUGCCAAUGUAAGAAUGAGCAGCUCGAAAGAACUGCAAGCUCCACGCUCUCGUAGAUAGCAAAUAACUGUAGAAGGGCAGCAGUGACACGUGAAGGUCAGGCAACUGGGUAAAACACUAUCUAGUAGUUAUUGAAUGUUGUAUUUUUCGCAGUCUGUUCCGUAUUCAACAAGAGCUAGGUGUGCCUUGCGCUUUUUGUUAAUGCCUCAUGGGCUUCUCGGCGUCAUUCCAUUUAAGAUUCUGUAUUGGAUCUAUCAUACAGGAUAUAAGCUCCACAUUGUAUAUUCGCUAAAUACGAUGCGCUAAACAAAAGGUAUCUUCGCAAAGAACUUUGUUGUUCAUUGUCAUUACGGCAGUAAAAGAACUUGGAUGACUGACAGUUAUUUUGAAUGUAAAUUACAGAUACUAUCUAUGCCGCAUCGGAAGCAACUUCUUUAAAUCCCAAGUCAAUUAAAUUGAUUCUCACAUAAUAAUUUUUUAAGUUUUGUUUCGGCAUGCUACAGGUGAAACAAUAGCUUGCAAACCAAUACGUGGGGCAGUUGGGGUGUCUGAACUCUACGAUACGCAGGGCAAAUAUUUGUUGAUCAUUUGACAACGAUGUACAUUUUACAUCUAUCGAAGUAGCAAAGUAUACGAAUAUUAUUUUAAUUAUUUUUACACUGAUUCGCUAAACUAGGUAUAUAAAUGAAAUCAAAAUUGCGACA